UAGUUUGACAUUUAAAUAUAUUAUGAUAAGUGAAUGUUUGAUGUGACAAUUAUAGAAAAAACAAAUAAAUUUUUGUGUUGUCAGUAAUUUUCUGUGAAGAAGGCAAUGUUGCCUCCUCAACAGCUGAUUUUCAUAACCAAUUCAACACACUGAGUAAAUCAGAUUAAAAUUUGUACAAUGGACACCUUUUCUGCUAAUAUUGAAUUAGAAUGGAUUGACCAUACUAACACCAGUUGGUCAAUAAAAGACUGUGAUAGCAUAUCCAAUAGAGAUCUAGUGCAAUCAAUGUAUGACUUGUUGAUACAAAAUAAGGAAGUACGCUUAAUACCAACGACAUUAUCUUUAUUUAACGACGUUCAGAUACUCCCAAGUUUUCAAUAUGAGAGCGCGUCUAACGUGGAAUUAAAUCAUUACAUAGCAACUCUUCUAACAUCCCAAUUUGAUUUGGCAAAAAAUGUGUGCUCAUCGAGCCAAUUUGCUGUCGUUUUAAAGCAGAGGCUUUUAAUAUUGAGGCGAAUUUUUUACGCUUUGACAAUGAAGUAUCACGAUAAAGAAAAGAGCGACCAAUCAGUAAACGAAAAUAACAAUUCAAAUGCACUGUCUAGAGAAACACUUUCAGGCUCCCAAGCCCUCCUAGAAAUUGGAGUUAAAACAGGCUUAAGUCUGUUAUUCUCACUGCUAAGACAGAAUUGGCAGGUUAGCGAUAUCCUCAAGGUUCCUUCAUUGUGUAACUCAGUGCUUGAGACUUCAUUCGAGCUAUUACAAAAACUUCCCUCUUUAUGUCUUUCCAAUGACGUGCAACUUACAAAUCUUGGUAUCAGCAGCUUGGAACAAGUCUCAGAUUUUCUCAAGGAUUCAGUGUUGCAUUCACCUAAUGCUGAUCCACAAGGAAGAUUACUUUCAUGUAAAUUAUUGCUGGCGCUUGCUUUGCAAAGAGGUUCUUUGAGGUACUUACUAGAUUGGAUUGAAAUGGCUUUGGAUGCUUCAAGCAAAGACGGUGAAGCCAUUGCCGAUUCUUUUUUUAAAAACGCGAUCUUGCAGUUAGAAGGGGGCAAAUACAAAAUCAAAUCAGAUUUGUGGAAAAAUCAUGAUAAUAUACAAGUCACUGUCUAUGAGGCUGCCAUUAAUUUAAUGGAGAUAUUAGCGAGUAUGGCGAUUGAUUUUGGAGGAGUUUGUUCUGCUGUGGAGUCCACAAGCUCAGAAUUCGAAGUUGGGGUGUAUGAAAAGAGUGAUGUUUAUGUUUGGGGUAGCAAUUCAUCACAUCAAUUGGCAGAGGGAAAUCAGGAGAAGAUUCUGAUGCCAGUGAAGUCAAAGAUGUUCACCCAAGUACAGCAGGUUGAAGCUGGUCAAUAUUGCACCUUCGCUAUCCACUGGGAUGGCUCAGUAAGCGCGUGCGGCAAAGGAAGUUACGGCCGUUUAGGCUUGGGUGAGUCCUCCAAUCAGAGCUUCCCCAAACGCAUCCUUCUUGACUCCGUCGUCAAAAAAUUAUCGAGCUCCAAAGGCAGCGACGGCCACACUCUUGCCCUUGCCGAAAACGGCAUAGUGUACAGUUGGGGCGACGGUGACUACGGCAAACUGGGGCACGGUAACUGCGCCACCCAUAAGCAGCCUGAACGUGUCUGCGGUCCUUUUAUGGGAAAAACUAUAAAAUACAUCAAUGCAGGGUAUCGGCAUAGCGCUGCUGUGACCGACGAUGGAAAACUGUACACAUGGGGUGAAGGCGACCAUGGUCGGUUGGGACACGGGGAUAGUAAUGGUCGGUAUAUUCCCACACAAGUGGCCGGGCUGUCAGAUGUGGGGUCUGUGGCCUGUGGUAGUUCGCACACACUAGUCGUGUCCAGAGAUGGAAAGACGGUGUGGUCUUUUGGGUCAGGGGAACACGGAAAAUUGGGAACUGGGGAUUUAGGAAAAGUCUACAGACCACAAGUUAUCGAAGCUUUGCAGAGUCUAACCAUACAGAAAGUGUGUGCUGGAACGUCGUUCUCAAUGGCUCUGACGGCAUCCGGAGAAGUUUAUACUUGGGGAAGUGGAGCGAUUUUGGGACACGGAUCGGCUGAUGCGUUGUAUUAUCUGCCGUUGUUUGUGGAGAACUUGGCGCCUCAUAGAAUUAUUGAUAUCUCGGCUGGCGAUAAUCAUUGUUUAGCGUUGACUAAUGAGUAUGAGGUGUUUGCUUGGGGGACUAACAGUAUGGGUCAGUGCGGACAAGGUCAUACUUGUAGCCCUAUCACAACUCCAAUGAAAGUUAUUGGACUGGAGGGAGUUAAUAUUCGACAGAUUAGUGCAGGCACUUCGCAUUCUAUAGCAUGGACGUCCAUUCCAGCUGAAAAUCAGCACAUGACAAAACACAAACCAUUUUGUUUAGAUCUACACGAAAAAACUUUCGAGUUACUAAAAAAAUUUUUAGAAAAAUAUACAGUAACUUUUACAUACGAUACGCCUCCAUCUCCUUUUAAAACAGCGACAGAACAUCAUCGUUUUGUUUUGUUAAGUUUAAAACUUCUUUGUACACAUUUAAGUUUGUGCAUGAAUGGAAAUUUGAGCGAUAAUAUUUUGAACAAACACACGAAACAAUUACGGACGAUCUUAUUCAGGUUGGUUGAUAUUAAGACUCCUACAGAAAUUCAUGCAACUGUGAUUGAACUGAUAAAUGUGGGAGCAUCAUUGCUUCUUCCGCAAUUACCAGAACGUGUUGAGUUCCUUCAUGAACAUUUGUCAAAAGACGAAAAUUUGUCCCAAGGACAACAAAUGUUAUUAAAUAUCGUCUUGAGUAGUUUGGAAGAUCCGGCACAUAUUGCAACAUUACUCCGAGAAACUACUAGUCAAGAAAAAAGGCAAAAGUUAUUUUUAAUCGAAACCUUAAUGUAUACGCUUCUGCAAUCGUUCAGUAAAAUUACUGAAGAUUCACUUGACAGUAUUAAAACGUAUAUGGAAGAAAAACCGAACAACGAGUGGAGAAAUGACGAAAAUCCAAGGACUACUCAUUUGCAAAAGCUGUUAAGUUCAUUACAGAAUCAUCUUUUGGCUCACAUUAUAGUCAAAGUAAAACACUCAAAGAAUAACAGUUCGAACGCGUUCGAAAUUUUAAACACUCAUCUUAACCAACUUUUUCCGUUAAUAAUAAAAGUCUUGAACAAAUCGGCGGAAAUCCUAGAAAAACAUCCGCCGAGUUUGGAGUUGCUUUAUAACGUUCUUUUAGAUUCCGUAGCCGGUUCGAUGUUCCUUAAACUGUUGACUUCUCUUCUUCUCAUGCCAGUUAGUUUCGUUAGAAAUCUUCUGCCAGAACUCCUAAAUAUCUUGGCACCGUUGGACCGCUUCAAUAAACUCUUGCCAGUAGAUAUAAUGAAUGAUCUAAGUACGGUUUCGUCAAGGUCGGAAACACCCACUUUAGCUCAGCUCGCUGAUCAGUCGUGGAUAUGGAUGGUCGAUUUACAAAGAACCUGUUCUCUGUUAAUUGGUCAAUGUUUGGGUGGUGUUUUAUUGGGAGAACGCUUCACUUUGGAAGAAAUGUUUUGUCGGCAUUGGAUUAACACGGAAUUGUUUUCUUGUGGCAUAGUCAACGAAGACGUUGACGUUCAGACUGUUAUAGAUAUGUCACAUACCGCAUCCUUGAACCUUCAAGACGCUUUAGUUAUCAGUUUAGAAAAUUUGAAUCCCACUGUACAAAACUAUUGUAAAAUGGCGUUUAAAUUACCGUAUCAGUAUGAUGAAGCUUGUGCUGUCGAAACGAAUUUAUUUGAGGAUACUGAUUUUUAUCAACCCGCAAUGGAAAAUUAUCAGUUCGAGUUGUGGGAUAGCGAUGGGAAACUUGCGGAUACGGUUGUGCAGUGUUUUCUCAUUACUUUGUUGAAACAAACCGGCUUAAUAAAGGAGUCUCCCAAACAUCCCGCUUUUAAGGAAGUUUACAAGUAUACAUUUAAGUUGAGACAGAAGUUAAUCAGUACUAUUUGUUGUUACAAUUACGAAAAUGCUGAGAAAAACCAGGUUGCUGAGGAGAAGGAGAAGGAACAAAAUGAGAAAACUAGCGAUUUAUCGGGAUUCGAUGCAGACGAGGCGGAAGAUGAAGAACAGCGAUUUACAAACGCUUGCCGACAAAUACUACAGAGGUGCUUGUUUCUCCUAAUUUUCGUUAAAGGCGUGGAACUUGAUUUCUCUGAUGGAAGUAGCUCAGACGAAGAAAUCGAUGCCGACAAGCCUUACACAACUUUUUACAGGGAGAGCCACAACAAUCAUAUUCCUAAAGAAUUCACAAAAAUAUGUUCCCUUUGUUUGAGUUUCGUUUGCAACGAACCAGCCGAAAAAGUGCCAUUUAUUUCACACGGGACCAGCAAAAAUAGCUGGUGUACCGACCCCGUGAUCUUCUACAAGGCUCUCAUAGCUCAGAAGAAUCGAGCUCGAAGCAGACUCGACAGUCUAGAAUACUUGCACAAAUUAAUAACUGAAAAGAAACCGUCACCUACAGUUUCAAAUAUUGUUCAUCCACAAUUACUUUCUGGUUACUUUGGUUUUUGUAAUUUUAAAUCUGAAGACUUUCCCACCUAUUUACGACAUUACUUAGACCAUAUUCAAGCGUCACCUUUAAAACUGCAGCAGGAAAUUCGAGUUAACAUGCAUAAAAUUUAUGACUUUUUGAUUAAGUCGCUGCAGCAACAAAUUGGUGGAAGUUACGAAAACAGGCAAUUAUUACUAACAACACUCUUUACUCUAACCGCGAAAUACGAACCCGUUGAUUUGAAUUUUCUCAUCUCAAACAACUUGUUGUCUUCAUUGAUGUUGUUAAAUGAUGAUGACGUAAAUAAGACUGACAUUCUUAAUAUUUCUGUGACAAGACUGAUACGAAUUCUUGCCCUAUGUGCGUGCGUACAUUCGAAGAAAAUCCAACUCGAUACUUUACAAAAUAUUAUUGAUAAGUUACACGAACAGUUCACUGCGACAGUUGAAAGUCGCGAUGAGAUUACCGGAGCUAGUUUAUUUUCACUCUGUGAUAAAAACUUCGGAGAUUUUUUGUUGUUUUUACGAAUAAUUUCGUCAAGUAAGUUAAUAAAAGUGUUAAUGGCUUCUAAAAAAUGGAUAUAUGCGUUGUUGUCGGUUCUGGAUACUUGUGACUUAAGUCUGACGUAUGCGAUUCAACUGAAGCUUAUUAGGCCGAAGAUGCUGGUUCUUCAAAUAUUGCAGAAUAUUUUGCCUUCAUUGCAAUCGAAGUGGAUGCCGGCUGAUUUGAAAAAAUACGUUGUUAAUAAGUUGUUUUCUCAAAUGGGUAAAGAACUAUGGAAAGAAAGUACUAAUGAAUCUUUCUCCGAGCGUGUUGUUGAUUCGAAUGACUUAAAACAAAACGACUUUAUCGACAAAGAAGAAGAUGAAAAUAUACCAGUACACGACAUGGGUUUUGAUAUGGAUAAGUGUUACAACUGCGUGAUCGAAAGUAACUUGACACUUGUUCAUGGUUCUGGUGGACGCGGUUACGGUCUAGGAUUGCAAGCCAUACGCUCUGGUUGUUACCAGUGGAAAAUCCUAAUUGUGAAAGAAAAUCGCGGCAAUGAAGGUACUUGCAUUGGAGUUUCUAAAUAUCCUGUGAAGGAUUUUAGCCACAGGUCCACUAGUGAUAUGUGGUUGUAUAGAGCUUAUAGUGGCAGUCUUUAUCACUGUGGUGAAAGAGAUACAAGUUUCCAGUGCUACACGCAAGGUGACUAUAUUACUGUUGUUUUGGACAUGGAUGCCAAAACGCUAAGUUUUGGUAAAAAUGGAGAAGAACCGAGAGUUGCGUUCGAAAAUAUUGAUGCUCCAGAAUUGUAUCCAUGUGUCAUGUUUUACAGUACAAAUCCUGGCGAAAAAGUGAAGAUCACAGACAUGAAGGUUCAUAGUACGCAAAGAGAUUUGUUACCUGGAGAACCCAAUUUAGCUCCUUUACCUGCUGUUUUAACAGAAGGAUAUAUCAGUUUAAUAAGAAAACUUCAUACGUCUAAUAUUUGGACAAGUGAGGUGAACACUGCGAUUAUCGAUCGAUUGAAUUGCAUCGAAGACUUAUUUGCGAAAAUUAAAGUACAUAACUGCGACUUUUUGGAAAGAGAAGAAGCCGUUAACAAUCGCGAAAUUUCCUUUAAAAUCAACGAACUUUGUAUGAGAGUGUGGCCGGCUUUAGUUAUUAUCGGAGGUUUUGAUCGAGGUCUAAAAAUCGGCGGUUAUUGUACCCACAAAGGCACAGGUCGCAAAGCAAUUAUUUUAGGAAUACUGAAAAAAGGAAUAACCACUGUUAACGUUCAGUGGGAAUCAGAUGGAAGUGUUGCCGACGUCGCUAUUUCAAACCUAGAGUACCUAGAAACUCCCCCGUUUAACAACAAUAAAUUUAGCGGACUAACCCCAGGUCUUCUUUUGCAAGUAGCAAGACUUACCGGUGUAACCGAUGAACUUCCUUUCCCGGCCUGCAACUUAACUCGACAAGAAGAAGAUUUACUAACUGAAGAAAACCACAGUCGCAAAUCGGAUAAUCUGCGAUCGAAUUCCGAUUCGUUUAUACAUACUCAGUAUUCCAGUACGAAUCGACAGCAAGGACCACGAACAAUUGAUUCGCUCACAGAUGAAAUGGUGACCACCAUUUUAGGAGAAGGUAAAAGAAUAAGUGUUGAAAAGAUAGUCGGUACGCAAAGCGAAGCAAACCUUUCGGAAGUCAACGAUAAAAACAGUCAAGCUAAAAACUCCGAAAUCAAACUUCUGGAGAAAAAACUUCUUGAGUUGGAGAGCAAUUGCUUACAGAUCGCGUUCCUUCAGUUUGCUGCGUUAAAAGCACUUGGAAUUUUCCUAACUUCGAAUUUAUUCGCCGAACUGUUUUUGAUUGACAACCACGUGAAAGACUUUUCUAGAGACGAAAAGACUCUAAAGCAGAUUAUGUUGGCACUUGUUGAAAAAAGUAUCCAGCAGUGUAAACUGCGAAAUGUAAUUACUGCAGCAGAAUUCGAACGCGUCGAAAGUGUUUUACACUUGAAUUUCGUUAAAGCCACAGCUAGUGACAACGUUGCUAAAAUUGCUUCUUCUGAAGAAAUAUGUGAAGCAACAGCCGCUGCUAUUCCUGAAGAAUCAACCUCGCAAGGUGCCGCAGCCGCCUCGAAACCACUUCUAGCGUUUAAUCGAUCAUCGCCAUCUUCUGUAGUUUUGCAAAAACUUGCUGCGUAUCCUAAACAAGCAAGUACUAGUACUAGAACUGUGCAGUGCGACGGCAGUGCACACAUUUUCGGGUCAGAAUUGCUGCCAUACAUUGAUCCCGACGAAGCUGCAAAUAGAAGACCAUACCCUCCUAUCGCUACUCACUUGUUAGAAAUGGGCUUCCGACUACCCCAUAUAAUGACUGCCAUCAGAGAAACUAAAUGUACGGGAGAGUUCAAUGCUCAAACUGUCAAUAUGUUGGCCGUGUGGAUGUUAGAACAUCCGUAUACCGAGCCUAGCAGCGAGGAAAAUUCCGCCGGACAGUCGUCAAGAAGGCCCGUAAAUAUCCGGCAGUUUCAGGAGUUUUUUAGACAAAGGACUGUCGAUUGUUGUGACACUGAACGAAUAGAAAGGCGAUAUACUCAUACUCCGUUAAGUUUGAGACGUGAACACUCUUUCGACGAACAGUUCAGUAUUUUUGCGACGCCCCGAAUUCCAGUGAGGUGGACACAGAGGCAACAAAUCCAAGAAGAAAUACAGCAGAUUACUGGACGCGAAAGCGCUACUUCGCCAAGCGAUAUAAUUUCUAGUUUUGUGGAUAUUCAACGGUCGUGUGCCAUCUGUCCAUAUUGUGAUCAUUUAUCUCCUAAUAUUAGAGCGCACGUGGAGUACCACCAUCCUGGUUGUGGAAUUCCUUGGUCAUCAAGCAUUUGUGGAAGCAUUACGGGUAAUUUGUACAUUUUGUGUGCAAAAUGUCAGCGGAAAUAUAUUCAUAAGAAUCUCAAUGAAAAUCAUCUGCAAGCGCAAGCUCCAGAUAUUAUCUUUGACGAGCAUGAUGGAACUGAAACCGAUAUCCAAUCAAUGAAAUUCGUGAUGCCCUCGUGUGAAGACAUAUCCCAAAUAAAAUCCUACCUAGGCUUUAACGAGAAUGAAUUCAAUCUCGAAACAAUUCCCUUCUCUCAUUUAGACCCCCUGGGCACAUCAUCUGUCCCAAAAGUGAAUAAAGAAACUGAAAAUAGAAACGAUACAGACACCCGAUUUAUUGGUAAACAAGCACAAGCUCUACGCACUUCUUACGAUAGAAUUCAAGCUCUGAAACACCUAACAGCAUCCAUACAUAUAAUGCUGUCCAGAUCCAUCGUUCUUAACGUCUUGUCUUUACUGUCUAUGAGUACAAACCCUGUCACGUUAAUGAACCGUCUAGAAAUGAUUGGUCUAUCCGACAUAAGAAAAGUCGUACGAUUAAUGACCCUAACGGCAAUGAAUCGAGUUGAAAUAGUCGAUAUCCAGAAUUCCGACGACUUUCCGAAUUAUCAGUUGUCUAAUGAUUUCACGCGUUUAGCAAGUCAUUUAUCACCGGAAGCUAAUUCUUGUUUAAAUCACUUGAGUGUGAGUAUCGCCGCUUUGGCUCAGAAUGACGUGAAAUCAUCAAACUUGGUAGUGAAUCUUUGCACUAAGGAUUUAAUCAUGUCAGCGAUAGGUGUCUCAGUGCCCAAACCCGCAUUUGCAGUGACUCAAGCGCUAGUCAACAUUUUGUCAACACAUGGAGGUUGUUCCUUGUUAGAUUUACCAAAAGAAGAAGUUCCUUCAAGCCCUUUGAACGAUCCAGCAUGUUUGGAACCUCUGACUUUAGUCAACGCGUUAGCUGCAUAUGUAAUGUCAUGUCGUGUCGAUCCAGAAAAUCGCGAAUGGGCUUCAGAGCAGCUCUUCAAAGCUAUAGCUAGCAAAGUACAAAUGUUGUCAGGAGCAAAUUCCGAACCGGUUAAUUUUGCUGAUCUUACGAAUCUAUUACCGAAAGCCAACGCGGAAUACUUCGACGGACAUGACAACAGAAUUUCUACGUUGGCUUGGCAUGAGAAGAAAAGUCGACUUGCUUCAGCUGGUUACGACGGAACUGUUAGAUUGUGGGUGUUUGAAUCUAAAACGCAAUUAUCGCUAGAUUCCACGCUAGUGUUUCACAUGUCGAGAGAUAUUUUCGGGAACGAGCUACAGGGUAAAUUAAUCGGACAUCUUAAAUGGUCUCCAUCUGGUGAUUAUGUUGCCGCUGCUAUGGAUAACGUUAUCAACAUAUGGCCAUUGAAGCAGUCGGAAUUGAUUGGGAGCUACGAAGAUUGGUUCAUUGAAGAUGUGAAGGAAUUUAUCACUGCUUUAACGUGGCCUAAGGUGAAGUCGAAUACAAGUGAAAAGGAUUAUUUGCUUGUUGGCAAGAUUGAUGGUUCUGUGAGUAUGGUUGUCAUCAGUGGAGGGGCUAGACAAGUGGAAACGCUCAUCAACUGCUCGCUGAAUUGUGCCGUGGUCCAGGUUGACUGGAACAACGAAAUCCAACCGUUCGCAAUAGGCUAUCUCGAUGGCACGCUAAAACUAGGCUGGAUCCACCAAAAUAGCAACAUCGUGACUGUCAAAGUACACGAAAGUGGCAUAACAAGUUUGGAAUGGGAUCCCAGAGGCACUAUUCUUGCUACAAUCUCCACAGAUCUUACGUGCAAGCUAUGGCGUGAAGAAGAGGGCAAACUAAUCUUGCUCCACACGUUAAUCCAACCUUAUGAACCAGUGAGUCUAAAGUGGUCACCAUUGAUAGGUGAACACAAAGCAGCGCUUUUACUCGCCAUUGGCACUUCCUACGGAACAGUGUGUACAUGGCGUCUACCCGACAGCGACUACGAAGACGCCAUCCCAGAAUUAAUGAUGCAUGUUCAAGGUCAUGCAUGUAAUGCUGUAACAUCUUUAUCUAUACACGGCAAUGGGUUGCUGCUAGGUAGUGGUUGUCCCAACGGAAUAUUAAACAUUUGGUCACUGCAUGACGGAAGUUUAGUUCAGACAGUUGUCGGUAGUGGCGGCAUCAAUCACAACGGUUUGUUUUGGUGUAGUUCUGAUUGUCUUGCAGUGGCAUUUCUGCGAUCGAAAGCCGUCUGUCUGAUCCAAUAUGGCGACAACAACUUGUCAAAGUACGUGUCUUUAACAACUGCACGGUGUGCUCUUAUGAAGAGAGGUAUUAAAGGAUUGAAGACCGCUCCAUUUUUCAAAACGUUGAUUUUGUAUUUACCGAAAAUCAUCAGUGAUCAGUACAAUGUGGAAAAACUACCCGUCCAAACCGGCACUCAGUUAGCUCAUUCCACGUAUCUUAGAAGUCUUUCGUCUCUCGCUAUAUUGCUAGAACUCGAUAACGUCAUCUGCUACAAACUGAAACCGUUCAAUAACCAAGACGACUCAGAAGUGAUACCAGAGAUGCAGUGGUUACAAACAUUCAGUCUCGGGGCGCAGAUUGCCGAUAGUUUAAUAAAACGCACGAAUCUCUCUGACAGAGUCAUCAGUCAAUCUCAGGUACUCGACGAGACGGUGAAACCUUCAGCAAUACAAAAUUGCUUCUGGACUGCCCAGCAAGACGAGCAAAUCAUGCAGUGGGUAUCGCAGAGACCGCAAGAUUGGCAAAUCGGAGGUAAAUGUAAGGCAUACAUGUGGGGUUCCGACCGCCAUGGACAGCUAGCAGAGUUGGGUUACAGUGCUUCGGUACCCGCCCAAGUCGAAUCUUUCUCGAUAGCCCGUAAAAUCGUCUGUGGCCAAAACUGUACCUUCGUCAUUCAAUCAAACGGCACAGUUUUGGCUUGUGGUGAAGGCAGCUACGGCCGACUAGGUCAAGGCAAUUCCGACGACUUGCACUCAUUAAGUGUCAUCUCAAGCCUACAAGGUUUUGUGAUCACGGAUUUAGCAACAUCUGUGGGUUCAGAUGGGCACAGUCUAGCGUUAGCUGAAAGCGGAGAGGUGUUUUCGUGGGGCGACGGUGACUACGGAAAAUUGGGACACGGCAAUCCUGACAGACAGAGACGGCCUAGGCAAAUCGAAGCCUUGCAAAACGAACAGGUUGUCCAGGUUGCUUGUGGGUUUAAACAUAGUGCUGUGGUCACAAUAGACGGAAAGUUGUUCACUUUUGGAAAUGGGGAUUUCGGAAAACUCGGACUCGGUUCGACCGCUAAUAAGAAAUUGCCAGAGAGAGUGAUAGCGUUAGAUGGUUAUAAAAUAGGGCAAGUGGCUUGUGGAUUAAAUCAUACGGCAUGUGUGUCCACAGAUGGCAUGACUGUGUGGACUUUCGGCGAAGGCGACUAUGGAAAACUCGGCCUAGGUUACGCAACGAUGAAACUAAUCCCUCAUAAAGUGGAAACUGUAUGCAACAUCGGCAUCAAAAAAGUGGGUUGUGGAACCCAUUUAACCGUGUUUUUGAGCAAAGAUGGGAAAGUGUACGUCUGUGGGAUCGAUCGUGUACCGUGGCAGACCUUGUUAAGAGAACGCUCGGACUAUAAACCCCAACUCAUGACUUCUUUGAUUGAUCACGCUGUUGAAGAUUUCGCUAUUGGUACCGAACACGUAUUAUUUUUAACUUCCUGCGGAAAAGUUUUUGGUUGGGGAAUGAACAGCGAAGGCCAGCUUGGUUUGCCUCACGUUUCUUUAGUACGUGAACCGGAAAUUAUAACUGAGUUGUCGGAUAAAGGAAUUCAACAGAUUUCGACCGGCCGAACACAUAGUGCUGCUUGGAGUGCCCCGCUUUUGCCUCAGAGAAUACCCGGAGUGACCAGAUCUUUGACUUUUGGGUUACCAACAAAAGUGCCAGCACAAUUCGAACAUUUAAUAGGACUUCCACUUACAUCGAUUCAAGCGAGACUGAAAUUUUUGCACAACUUUUCCGAUAAGUUGUAUUCCUGUUGGACAUUCAUGCCACUGAGUUGUCAGCAGAGUGAUAUGCAACUGCCACCACUUGAAGGAUUGAUUUCACCAAGAUUGAGACCGCUUCUAGCUUCCAGGGUUUACACACUACCGUUCGUGAGGUGUAUAGGCAAGACUAUGGUUCAAGGGAAGAACUACGGCCCACAGAUUAUCGUAAAGAGAAUAAAUCAAGAAGGGCGCAAGUGUAAGCCUAUAUUUAUCCAAGUUGCUAAACAAGUGGUGGACAUUAAACCGCAAGAUUUAAGACUGCCUUCCCGAGCGUGGAAGGUAAAAUUGGUAGGGGAGGGUGCCGACGAUGCUGGUGGAGUUUUCGACGAUACCAUAACAGAAAUGUGCCAAGAAAUUACUUCAGGGGCUGUAUCAUUGCUAGUACCUACUCCCAAUGCUGUGAAUGAGGAGGGAUUCAACAGAGAUAGAUAUCUACUAAAUCCACAACUAAACACUCCCCAGCAUAUCUCUUGGUUUAAAUUUUUAGGUAUACUAUUCGGUGUCGCAAUUCGAACUAGAAAACCGCUAGCUAUACCAUUAGCACCCAUGAUGUGGAAGUUAAUCGUUGGUGAACUCGUGACUAUUGAAGAUUUAGAAGAAGUAGAUUGUAUGUAUGUGCAAAGUUUGCGCAGUAUUAGGGAUAUUCACUUAUCUGGUGUCGCUGAAGAGAACUUCCACGAUGUUAUACCUUUGGAGUGUUUUGAAGGCACUAGUUGUACUGGAAAGAUCCUACCAAUCGUUCAUGGUGGUCGUAGUAUACCCCUAACUUUCCAUAACAGAGCCCAAUAUUUUGAACAAGCCAUUAAAUUUAGGUUACAAGAGUUUGAUUUACAAGUCGCUUGUAUUCGGGAGGGUAUGGCGGGUAUUGUACCCGUGCCAUUGCUAUCUUUAAUGACAGCAGAUUACCUGGAACAGUUAGUGUGUGGAAUGUCGCAUAUAUCAAUUCCAAUAUUGAAGAAAAUUAUCAGGUAUCGCGAGUUGGAUGAAAAUCAUCAACUUGUUCAAUGGUUGUGGAACAUUUUAGAGAAUUUUACCGAUGCUGAAAGAGUCUUAUUUAUGCGAUUUGUUUCUGGACGUUCUAGGCUACCGGCAAACUUGGCCGAUUUGUCACAGAGAUUUCAGGUCAUGAAAGUUGACAAGGCAGUCAAUGGAUUACCAACUGCACAGACUUGCUUCUUUCAGUUACGAUUGCCUCCUUACACGUCACAAGAAAUAAUGGCAGAAAGGUUACGUUACGCUAUAAACAAUUGCCGGUCAAUUGAUAUGGACAACUACAUGUUGGCAAGGAACACGGAUCAAGGGAUUGUUUCAGAUGACGAAUAUUUAUAAAAGGCUGAAUCUUUAGUUAAUAUUUUGUUUGAACAAAAGAGAUAAGUAAGAUUUAAGUUACGCAACGUCGAUUUUGUUUUUGUAUGUGUAAAAAUACAUCUUUCAAACAUG